AACACAACAGGAACAGAUGGAUUCUUCUCCUUGUUCGAUAAUAGUGUUUAAUGGAAUCAAGAACUGAAUUGCAGUCUCAUUUAGAAUUCUGUACUUCUACCCACGUCUGCUUGUUUAUAGUACAUGGUUGGAGAUUUAGGCAAAGAUUUUAAGAUAAAAUAUAAAUAUUGUACAAAAUGUUGGCACAGCAGCGAAUAGAAGAUGAUACAGUUGGAAGUGAGGAUUAUCAAGAUUUAAUUGCCAGAAAUGCUGAAAAAAUUGCUAACAGAAGAAAUUUGGCCGCCUUCUGGAUAUUUGGCUUGUGUAACAAUUUUGCCUACGUUGUUAUGUUGAGUGCCGCACAUGAUAUUUUAAAAGAAGAGGAAGGUCCAUCUUCCAAUAGUACCAACUCAUCUAGCUUUUCGACCACAACAGAAUCCCCAGAUUUGUCGUAUUUACAAUGCAAUACAGUCAGCACUGGUGCGAUUCUGUUAGCAGAUAUUCUACCAACACUUCUCGUUAAACUGACUUUUCCAUUUUUCUUGGAAAAAAUUCCAUAUGGUGUUAAAAUUUCUCUUAUCUCAGGAUUCGCCUUGAGUAGUUUUUUAAUAGUGGCACUGGCGCAUGAAGUUUGGCUGAGCAUUUUAGGGGUUGUGUGCGCUAGCAUUGGCGCUGGUUUAGGAGAAAUCACAUUCCUGAGUCUGACGACGUUUUACAACAGGAAUGUGGUUUCCAUGUGGUCGUCUGGCACAGGCGGUGCUGGAGUUUUUGGGGCGCUUGUUUACGCAGGGUUUACGAGUGCCGGCUUGUCACCGAGGAAUUCUCUGUUGAUCAUGAUUGUCAUACCUGUGCUUAUGAUGAUUUCGUACUUUGCCAUCCUGACUAAGUCUGUGCAGAAGGAGAAAAAAGUGGAUGAUUCUACUUUGUUGUUAGAGGAAGAAAAACAAAAGAAGGUGGCUUUGUCGUUUAAACAGAAGCUGAAGCUGAUUCCGUCUCUCUUCAAGUACAUGAUACCUUUGACCUUGGUGUACUUUGGUGAGUACUUUAUCAAUCAAGGUCUACAUGAGUUGUUGUACUUUAAUGGACAAUGGCUAUCUAAAAGUGAGCAGUACAGGUGGUACCAGGUUGACUAUCAAAUUGGAGUUUUCAUCUCAAGGUCUUCAGUUAAUUUAAUUCACAUUAAAGCUCUAUGGGUUUUACCUAUUUUACAGUUUGUAAACCUGGCACUGUUGACGUGCCAGGUUUUUUACAGAUUCAUUCCAAAUAUCUGGAUUGUUUUUGUGAUAGUAUUAUGGGAAGGAUUGUUGGGUGGUGCUGCUUAUGUCAAUACAUUUUUUAGAAUGACCAAUGAGGUACCAGCAGACAAGAGGGAGUACUGUAUUGGUGUUGCUUGUCUGGGCGACUCCGUUGGCAUAGCUCUAGCUGGGGUUGCAGCCAUUCCUUCCCAUAAUUCCAUUUGUAAUUUACAUCUGAAGAUGUAAGAAAUUUUUAGAAAAAUAUAAUAUUACCUCACUAUUUUCCUCAAGCCUAAUAGUUAAUGUUCCAUUGUUUGUGUACCAGCUCUGACUUGUAGUUAUUGUAACCUUUAAUGUUACAAAAUUUGAGGUAAUAUGUAGCAUUUUAAGAGAAUAUUUAUAUUUCCAAAACUUUCUUGAAUUCACUACUACUUAGUGUUACAAAAUAUGAGGUAAUAUGUAGCAUUUUAAGAGAAUAUUUAUACUUCCAAAACUUUCUUGAAUACACCACUAAAAGACAAUCUUGUCUUACUUUGAAAAUAUUUUUAACAUGUUUUAGUAGUGUCUAUUGAGUUUAAAGAUCUGCCCAUAUUUAUUAUUCAUGCUACUGAUGAUCUAUCAAGACAGCACCUCUAAUAUUUAAAAAAAAAAUUAAACUUUUUAUUAAAGAGUUCUGUAUCUUCCUAAUUAUUUUGAUUUAACCAUGAUCAGUGCUGUAAUAUAGUUUUAGAUUACAUUUGGGUCUUAUGUAACUACUACAACAGAUCACAACAUAGUUACGAGUGGUGAUUUUGGAAUUUUAAACAUAUUUGUAUAUUUUUUGUGGUGCAAUGCUGAUAUUUACUGUGCUGAUGUUGCUUAUGAAAAUAUUUCUAAUCACCAUGUCAUCUACUAAGACAGGGGUCGGCAACCUUUUGAAGCGGAAGAGCCAAAAGUUACAAUUUUCAAAAUUUCGCUGGUUUUAAAGAGCCACUAACAUUUUUUUUAUUUUAAAUAUUUAAUAUUUUUAUUAAGAUUAUUAGUAUUUGUUCAAAGAGCUGGAGAGCCGCAUCUUGAUAUCAAAAGAGCCGACCCCUGUACUAAGAAGGUAGAAAAAAAAGCAAAUAGUUUCUUUAAUUACCAUGUUGCUGCUAAAUUUUUUUUAUUUCUCCCACAUUGUUUGGUGGAAGAAAUUUGUUUGAUCUAUGUGUUCUUUAUUUAUACAUGUGACAAAUUUAUGGUUAAAUUAUUCCUGAUGUCACUGUUUUGAUAACAGUGACAUGAUAACUAAAAUGGGUAAAAAAAAAAAUUAGGCUUGUAAUCUAUAUACAAUAAAGAUAGCCUGCAUUAGCAUGUACUGAAAUAUUACUGCAGUGAAUUGAAAUCUACUGUUAUUUAUUUUUUAAAAGCAGUGGAGUUUAAAAAAUUUAUUGUAAGUUGUCUCCCUUCUAAAUGAAAGUAACCUAUUACAAAUUACUGAGAUGGGCCACUGUUAAAUGGCUUUAGAGAAAAGUAAGUUCAUCUAAUAAUUGUGUAGGCUACUAAUAACAAAAAAAUAAAUGUAUAUCUAGUUUGAAUGGUGUAUUAUCUUUAGUCUGCACUGCUGAUUGCUGCUUAUGAAUUUUUCUUCUUGGUUGAAGGAAAUUAUUUUAGUCUAUGAGCACUAUAUUUAUGACAAAUUUAUUGUAAAAUUAUUUUUAUUGUAUUACAUUUUUAUUGUAUCACAUGGAAAUACUUAAAAGCUUUGGUGGUACUGUUCUAUUUGUCAGAUAGCUAUAUAAAAGAUUAUAUAUUAACAUUGUUUUAACUUAUGGUCUGUUUAUUUAAAUUUUUUCUUGUUGUGGACUUAAUUUAUGUUU